AUGGCAUGGGCACAUAGUCUCAACAGGGUGAUAGGGGAAACGCAAAGAUUUGAGCAUUCACUUGGCCUACACGGCAAGAACUCAGACGGGGGAUGCGUACGUGAUGACGUAUACAUCGAUGGUUUCGUUCGGUCUGUCCGUGCGCAAAAGGAAAUUCACUUCGUAACUCUUAGCGAUGGCUCUUCUCUUGAACCACUCCAAGCUGUAGUACCUGUUAGCCAGGCCAAAGGUGUGACUAUCGGCUCUGCUGUCCGACUACAUGGGUCUUGGACUCCAUCGCGAGGUAGUGGGCAGAGCCACGAACUACAGGUGCAGUCAGCCACGGUCCUGGGACCUUCUGAUCCCAAGACGUUUCCAUUACAGAAAAAGUUCCAUACGCCAGACUAUCUAAGGGGCUUGCCCCAUCUUCGGCCAAGGGCGCCAUUUAAUUCACUUCUUUUACGAUUUCGCUCAGAAUUAAUUGCAUCUCUGACUAGGUUCUUUACUGACCGUCAAUUCAACCAAACCCACACCCCUAUUCUGACCUCAUCUGAUUGUGAAGGUGCGGGCGAGGUCUUCCAUGUGUCAGCUGGUGAUCCUAGCCCAUCCUCAUCCUCAUCCCCCUCAACACCCAAUACACCCAAGACAUCCAAUCACUUUUUCCGCCGUCCUGUCUAUACAACUGUGUCAGCUCAAUUACAUUUGGAAGCUUUAGCCCAGGCUCUCGGUAAUGUGUGGACACUAUCCCCAACCUUCCGUGCAGAGCAAAGUAAUACCCCACGUCAUCUAAGCGAAUUCUACAUGUUGGAGGCAGAAAUGAGCUUUACCGACGAAAUGGAUUCGGUGAUGGACCUCGUGGAAGACAUGUUGAGACAUAUAUGUACUGAUUUGGCCGGAUCGAGAGUGCAGACUGAGGUUUUCGCGGAGCGGAAGGGCGACAGAGCUACCUAUCUUCAUACGGCGGAACAGGUCUCUCAGCGUUGGCAGGGUCUCAUGCAGAAGAAAUGGCCUCGCAUUACCUACACUGAAGCCAUGAAGCUACUGGAGUCGUCUAAAAAGGAGUUCUCUUUUAGCCCUGUCUGGGGCAAUGACCUUACUACUGAACAUGAGAGAUAUAUCGCAACCGAGGUGGGCGGUGGUAAUAGUCCUGUAUUCGUCACAAAUUAUCCGCGAGACAUCAAAGCUUUCUACAUGAGAGGAAGCGCAGAAGACCGCAAUGCGCCGCCACCCGGCAUGACGGUUGAUUGCUUCGAUCUACUUGUACCCGACUUCUUGGAAAUUGCUGGUGGAUCUAUGCGCGAGCAUCGGUUGGAACAGCUUCAAGAGUCUAUGCGUGCGCGCGGGAUGACCCCGACGAUAUCUCCAGUCAACGACACCAAGCCAGCAACAGAGCCAACCGAGAACAACUUGGAUUGGUAUGUCGACCUACGGAGAUGGGGCUGUCCUCCCCAUGGCGGCUUCGGCCUGGGCUUCGAUCGGCUGGUAUGCUAUCUCACCGGAGUCAUGUCCAUACAGGACACUCCCGCAUUCCCCCGCUGGUACGGCCGAUGUGACUGCUGA